UCAGUGAACAGUCAGAGCUGGUUACUGAUCAAUAAUCAGGGAACCUGUCAAUCAAACAGAGGAUUCGUGGAUCAGCAGCUAGGCGAGAUGAACUGUCUCUGGUUUCUGAGCAUGCUCAGUAUGUUUGUCCUGUCACCGUGGGAGGAGACAGGCUGUGUGGCGAUGACCCUGAACUCUGCCCCCCUUCGUCACGUGUCAGGACGUACAGCAACAGAAAGUGAUAAAGGACAAGGAGGAAGAGGAGGCGUCAACUCCCACCACAGGAGCAGGAGAAGCUGGGUUUGGAACCAGUUCUUUGUCCUGGAGGAGUACACCGGAGAUGAGCCGCUGUACGUUGGGAAGCUCCACUCUGAUGUGGAUAAAGGUGAUGGUCAGGUGAGGUAUGUUCUGAGCGGUGAAGGAGCAAAGUCCAUUUUCACCAUCGAUGAGAACACAGGAGACAUUCACGCCACCAAAAGGCUGGACCGAGAACAGCAGGCAUACUACACCUUAAGAGCUCAGGCUCGACACCGAAAGACUAACCUGCUGGUCGAACCUGAGUCCCAGUUCAUCAUCAAAGUCCAGGACAUCAAUGACAACGAGCCCAAGUUCCUGGAGGGACCGUACACCGCCAGGGUGGCUGAGAGGUCUCCUGUAGGUAUGUCAGUGGUGACGGUGGUAGCGACAGACGCUGAUGAUCCGACUUAUGGAAACUCUGCCAGACUGAUUUACAGCAUCCUGCAGGGUCAGCCAUACUUCUCUGUGGAGCCAAAGACAGGUGUGGUGAGGACAGCUCUUCCUGACAUGGACCGGGAGGUUCGGGACCAUUACCUGCUGGUGGUCCAGGCCAAUGACAUGAUUGGUCAGAUGGGAGGUCUGUCAGGAACCACCUCGGUCACAGUGGUCCUGACGGACGUCAACGACAACCCACCUCGCUUCCCCCGCAAAAGCUACCAGUUCGGUGUUCCAGAGUCUGUACUGGUUUCAGCUGUGGUCGCUAGGAUUAAAGCUCUGGAUCUGGAUGUUGGUCCAAAUGCUGAGAUGGAUUACAGGAUCCUGGAUGGAAAUGGACUGGGGACCUUCAGGAUCAUAACUGAUCCAAACACACAGGAAGGACUGGUCACACUACACAAGACUCUGGACUUUGAGACUAAGUCGAGUUACACGCUGCGUGUCGAGGCGUCCAAUCGUUAUGUGGACACUCGUUUCCUGUCAAUGGGUCCAUUCAGUGAUGUGACGACAGUUCAUCUGCUGGUGCAGAACGUGGAUGAGCCUCCAGUCUUUUCGUCCUCUGUCAGUCGGGUGGCAAUCUCUGAGGCUGCUACAGUGGGAACUGUUGUGGGAUCAGUUUCAGCUCAUGACCCCGACACCACCAACAGCCCCAUCAGGUACUCUAUAGACAGGAAGUCGGAUGUGGAGCGUUACUUUAACAUUGACAGCAGUUCAGGUGUGAUCACAACGGCCAGACCUCUGGACAGAGAGAUCAUUGCUCUACAUAACAUCACCAUCCUCGCCACAGAGAGCCUGGAUUGGUCUCAGGUGGGGAAAGCUUUGGUUCUGGUCUCGGUGAUGGAUGUGAAUGAUAACGCUCCAAACUUCGCCGCCAAGUACGAAACAUUCGUCUGCGAGAAUGCUGAACCUGGACAGAUCAUUGAGACUCUGAGUGCUGUGGAUCGUGAUGAACCAGAGAAUGGACAUCACUUCCUGUUCUCUCUGACCACCAAAGCUGCUGGGAGCCUCAACUUCACCCUCCGAGACAACAAAGAUAACACGGCAUCUAUUCUGACUCAGCGUAGUGGUUUUCUGCAGCGGGAUCAGCUGGUUCACUUCCUGCCGGUGGUGAUUUCAGAUGGCAGCAGUCCAUCUCUCAGCAGCACCAACACACUGUCCAUCACUGUCUGUGCCUGCGAUGUCACUGGAAACCGCCACUCCUGCAGCCAGGGGCCAUCGCCACUGCUCGGCCUCGGUACGGCCAGUGCAGUCCUCACCUGCAUCCUCACUCUGCUCGGUGUCAUCAUGGUAACAAUUGCUGUCAGAUGCAGGAGAAGGGAGCCUCUGAUGAUGGAUGAUGAGCGUGACAUCCGUGAGAACAUUGUUCGUUAUGACGAUGAAGGUGGAGGCGAGGAAGACACAGAGGCAUUCGACAUAUUUGCUCUGAGACACCUGAACAAAAGUAACCAGACCAACCAAGACCCCGACCUGAACCCACCAGGACUCCUCAGCAAAACCCUGGAUUACAGGACCGACAAGAACCAGCUGUUCCAGGAGUUCAUCAGGGACAGACUGCAAGAGGCAGACCUAGACCUGACAGCGCCCCCCUAUGACUCUCUGCAGACUUAUGCGUUUGAGGGCAGCGGGUCGGCCGCGGAGUCCCUCAGCUCAUUAAACUCGUUAGGGUCUGAGCAGAACUACGACUUUUUGAAAGAGUGGGGACCACGGUUUAGGAAGCUCGCAGACCUAUAUGGACACCAUGAAGGAGGAGGGGACGCCUGAUAACCUUCAGUCAGACUGCAGCAGAGGACAGGUGUGUGGAUGCCGCAGGUACA